CCUGUUUACGUUCACGCCUCUUGACUCAAUUCGGAGCAAAGAUUACAAACUGGAAACAAUGAUAAGACCCACCCACAACUAACCCCGCUUGAGAAGCAUUCCUCUUCCUGAAUCUCCAGUGGGAAAGAUCAUCGGACGUUGAAAACACAGUGCUGAAGAUGAGCUAUCCUGGAUACCCUUCUCAGUCUGGUGGCUACCCGCCUCAGGCAGGCGGUUACCCACCUCAAGCUGGGGGCUACCCACCUCAACCAGGGGCAUAUCCCCCUCAAGCUGGGGGUUACCCACCUCAACCAGGGGCAUAUCCCCCUCAAGCCGGGGGUUAUCCACCACAAGCAGGCGGUUACCCACCCCAAGCCGGGGGCUACCCUGCUGGAGCAGGGGGUUAUCCUGCUGGAGCAGGGGGUUAUCCUGCUGGAGCAGGGGGUUAUCCUGCUGGAGCAGGGGGUUAUCCUGCAGCAGGAGGGGGUUAUCCUGCAGCAGGAGGGGGCUACCCUGCCCCAGCUGGAGGGUUCCCCCCUCAGGCAGGAGGCUACGCUUCUAUGCCCCCAGCAGGAGGUGGUUGGGGGGGAGCCCCUGCCGGAUAUGGAGUGCCAGGGCAAAAUAUGCCUCAAGGGUACCCGGGUGGCCCUGCUCCAGGUCAACCCAUGCCAACCCAACCAGGCGCCCCCGUCCCUAACCCAUCCAUGCCGGGUUACGGGGGAGGGACUCCUCAGGGACCGGCUGUAAACAGAGGAUACAGGGGCUCACUGAAGGACUUCCCAGGGGCAGAUCCACUCAGGGAUGUUGAGGUCCUCCGAAAGGCCAUGAAGGGAUUUGGAACUGAUGAAGGAGCCAUAAUUGAACUUCUCGGAAACCGUACCUGUAAGCAAAGAGUGCCAAUGGUAGCUGGCUACAAAACCACUUACGGGAAGGAUCUAUUCCAUGAUUUGAAGUCUGAGCUCACGGGACACUUUGAGGAACUGGUUCUGGCCAUGAUGAAGACGCCCGGGAGUUUUGCAGCAUCUGAGCUCCGAGAGGCCAUAAAGGGGGCAGGCACUGAUGAAGCAUGCCUGAUCGAGAUCCUGACGUCACGCAGCAAUGCUGAGAUCAAGGAGAUCUGUCAGAUUUAUAAGACCGAAUACGGGAAAACACUGGAAGAUGCCAUCAGCAACGACACUUCCGGACACUUCCGGAGACUCCUCAUCUCACUCUGUCAGGGAAACCGUGACGAGAGGGAAACUGUGGAUAUUGCCAUGGCAAAACAGGAUGCUCAGAAACUGUAUGCUGCAGGAGAAAACAAAGUGGGCACAGAUGAGUCUCAGUUCAACGUCAUCCUGUGUGCCCGCAGCAAGCCUCACCUGAGAGCAGUGAUCCAUGAGUACCAGCAGAUGUGUGGGCGAGACAUUGAGAAGAGCAUCUGCCGGGAAAUGUCUGGAAAUGUGGAAUCUGGGAUGGUUGCUGUGGUAAAGUGCAUCAGGAACACCCCUGCCUACUUUGCAGAGAGACUCCACAAGGCCAUGCAGGGUGCUGGGACCAUGGACAGGACCCUGAUCCGGAUCAUGGUGUCUCGCUCUGAGGUGGACAUGCUGGACAUCAGACAGGUGUAUGUGCAGACUUACGGCAAGUCACUGUACACUCACAUCUCUGGUGACACCUCUGGUGAUUACAAGAAGAUGCUUUUGAAGCUGUGUGGUGGAAGUGACUAGAAGCGACUUCAAGGGACACUGUACUGGUAGUCCUCACGAUUAGAAGAAUGUGCCAGGACCUUAUAUUUGCCUGUUAUGCUUGUAGUUAUUUCAGCCACUCAUUGUCUCUUGCAAAUGCUGCAUUUUAAGAUGCCAACAUCACACACACACACCCCGUGACCUUUGCUGAGGGAGAACAUGACUUUAAUUUAACCUGGUGUAGGCUGUAUUUAGUCAGGUCUAUGUUACUGUGGUCGUCUGUUUUGUGUAGUAUGUUUAAUCGUAUUUCGAGACAAAUCAUUUUAUAUGACUGAAAACUAAUGAAUUAAUUAAUUAUAAUAGUUGAGAUUAUAGACUAUUUUAAAGACUAAAUAUGUAUUAAGAAGUACAUGUAUCAAGUAACCAUAUAUUUCUGACUAUGCAAAUUAAUCUCUUGGGAUGAUGGUUUUCUCUGUAAUAUUCUUUCACUGUUGCCUUUUCAAAUUGCUGAAAACCAAAAGCAAAUGGCUCGUGACCCUUUCAAUGUUAUUGCUGUUCAAUUACGUUCUCAAAUUGUUCAUUUACUGUUUUUAUUAUUUCCAGAAGGUGAUAGUUGUGGAAGCAUUGUGCCCGAGAAAAAAGGUGCUUGUCAUUAUCAAUAUUGGCAGUUUUGUAUUUCUGUUACCGGUGUACAGUUUCUUGCCAGUAGAGGGCACUUUAGUUCACUAAAGGAUUACAUCUAACCAUGUUCAUUAAACCAUCUUGAAAGCUGUAGAUGUACUCAGUUGUGUUUUUGUACUAAUACUACAUUGCAGUUCAUUAUGCUCGUUAUUAGGUGGCCAAAGGGGUGGCCAUAUACUAUUUGCAACAUACAAGGCUUAUAGAGUUGUCACUUGUGCCAAUAAAAAUAUAAUGUAUGACUAACAGA